AGACUGUUGAAAUUCCCGGUCGAAGGUCAAGUUAGGUCAGCGGCGGAUUCCGAGCUGGCGGCGCUGGCGCUCGCGGCAAUUUCGUGCGCGAGCGAGAGUUCGAGCCAUCGGGGAUGUUCGCGUAGCGCGGUCGAGGAGCCCUUUCGCGUGUCCCGUACGCGACUUUCAGGACCAGCCCGUCGCGAGGACCGCACGACGAUGACGGACGGCACCGGGAACGAGGACUCGGCGGCGUUCAACUCCAUAUCCGACGUAGGCAAAGCCAACGCCGGCACAGCAGGUGCGGUGGUUUUAUAUUCGACCGCACUGGCGUGGCGAGCCCAGUUCCACCGCAGCCUCACGCGCGCCAGCGUCUCGGAGUCGUCGGACGAGGAGGAGGAGGAUCUGUCCCAGUAUCAGUUCGCGGACGAUCUCGAAUACCUCAGGUCACUGGAUCCGAGAGACUGGAAGGAUCAGGAUCACUAUGCCGUUCUAGGGAUAAAAGACCUCAGGCACCGAGCGACCGAAGAUCUCAUCAAGAGAGCUUACAAGCUGAAGAUAUUGAAGCACCAUCCCGACAAGCGCAAGGCGAUGGGCGAAGAGAUCCGACCAGACGACGACUACUUUACGUGUAUCACUCGUGCCUGGGAGACCCUCGGGAGUCAAGCCAAGAGGCGAAGCUACGACAGCGUGGAUCCUUACUUCGACGACAGUCUGCCAGAAGAGAAGGACUGUCGGAACAAGUUUUUCGAGGUGCUGGGUAAAGCCUUUAAAGAGAAUUCGCGGUGGUCCGCGAAGAAGCCGGUGCCGCAACUGGGUGGGCCGUUCACGCCGCGAGAGAAGGUGGAACAGUUCUACUCGUUUUGGUACGACUUUGAUUCCUGGCGCGAGUACUCGUAUCUCGACGAGGAAGACAAGGAGAGUGGUCAAGACCGGGACAUGCGCAAAUGGAUCGAGAAGAAGAACAAAGCCACGAGAGCGAAACGGAAAAAAGAGGAGAUGACGCGAAUACGUACUUUAGUGGACAUGGCUUACAAUAUAGAUCCUAGGAUAAAGAAAUUCCAGCAAGAUGAUAAAGAUAAGAAGAACGCAGUGAAGAGGGCGAAGCAGGAGGCAGCAAAGGCCAGGCAACAGGAAGAAGAGAGAAUAGCACGGGACGCAGCAGAGAAGGAGAGACUGGAGAAGGAGAAAAGAGAAUCCGAGGAAAGGGCGAAGCAAGACGCACUGAAGCAGGAGCGAGAACUACAGAAGAAGGCGUUACGCAAAGAAAGGAAGGCGUUCAGGGAUUUUUGCAAGGCAAACCAUUACUUUGCUAAAAGUUCAGAAGAGAGUCUUCGACACAUGGAGAGCGUAGAGAAGAUCUGUGAGCUGUUUAAGCUCGUGCAGCUGGAAGAGGCGAUGAAGAAUCUUCAGACCAACGGUAGAUCCGCGUUUUUGAGCGUUGUCGAAGAGGCUGAAAGAAGAAUCGAGGAGGAACGUCGCAUAAAUGUGAUAAGUAACGAUGCAAGAAACACACCUGAUAAACAGACCAAGACCUGUACCGCACCUUGGAGUGAGACCGACUUGCAGCUCUUGAUAAAAGCUGUCAACCUGUUCCCUGCCGGUACCAAUCAACGUUGGGAAGUAGUAGCCAAUUUUAUCAAUCAACACAGCAGUUCCACCAGUGGAGUUGUUCGCGACGCCAAGGAAGUUCUGGCAAAGGCCAAGAGUCUACAGUCGACCGACUUUAGCAAAUCGAGUUUAAAAGAACAGGCGAAUAAGAAAGCCUUCGACAACUUCAUCGCUGAGAAAAAAAGCAAGGAAGCUAUCGAAGAAAGAAUGCCAGCCGUCACGGAGCGCCUAGACCAUCCAAUCGCGAACGGAGUAACCGCUGAACCCAAGGAGAUUAAAAAGGAACCUGUCCCGUGGACGCCGGGUGAACAAAAACUCUUGGAACAAGCAUUGAAAACUUAUCCGACAACAGUUCCGGACAGAUGGGAUCAAAUCGCAGCGUGUAUACCUACUAGAACGAAAAAGGAAUGUAUGAAGAGAUACAAGGAAUUGGUCGAGCUCGUGAAAGCGAAGAAGGCGGCGCAGAUGACGAAAUAAUAUUAACUGCACGCUAAGCUCGAAAUUUCCUUCUAACUUAUUGAACUCUAGUUCAAUUUCGCGAUUUCGAUGGCUAUUUCGUUCCUCGAAAUGGAUUUCUUCCCUAGAAAAUUAUAAACGAAAUUUAAGACUGGAGGACAAGAACCUUAGCUUACUCAUUGAGUGCCAGUUCGCGUGCAUACUUGUGCCUUUCUACAGCCGAUACAGAAAUCAGUUGCACGGCAUACAGAGAAAUUCAACCUGUUUUGUUCAGUCGAUCCUGCGAUACGUUUUAUUUCUACGCGCUGCACACUUUGAACGGAUCUUUGAAGCAGUGCUGCCCGACCAUUAUUUCCACGAAGACGGAACUCGUUACUCAGGAGAAUCUUCUGUGUAUAUUUAUUUUUGGCAACAAAUUUUUGCGAUCGACCUACACUUCAUAUUGUAAGUAUUGUAAAAUAAAGAAGAGCUGCUGUCGUCGGAAAGAAGCAACGUUUGGAGGAGAACGAUGGACUUUAUAAAUAAACGACAAUGUUUUGGAAA